AUGGCCUCACCAACUAUGGACGAGAUCGCCUUCGCCUAUGGUGAGGCUGGCAUGCCCAGAUCUAGCCAAGGCCAAGUAAGGGAUGAGCUUGAGCAACUACUAGAUGAUGAUGAUGAUGGUAUGGCUGACUUGUAUUUGUCAAGAAAACAAGUUGGUGCGUCUUCCCCUAUAAGUGGUUCAGGAGCCCAAAAUCGGUUUCCUGCUUCCCAUACCAUUGGCUCGAAGAAAUCUCGAGCCAGUAGGGCGAGUGUGGCAACAGUUCAUGGAGACGAAGAUGAUGUUGAGGAGUUGAAAAUGUUACCUGAGGCUUACUUUAUGCAAAUUGAUGGCACAUUGAACAAGCUGACAACACUUCGGGAAUAUAUCGAUGACACCAAGGACUACAUUAACAUCCAGUACUUUCUCUUUCCUCAUCUUGAUAAUCACCGCAAUGAGCUAAUUCAGCUAGAGCUCUUCCUGAGCUCGGGAACUUUUUGUUUGUCCAUCUAUGCUUUGGUUGCUGGCAUUUUCGGCGUGAACAUACCUUAUGAUGGGAACAAUAACCAUGGCUACCUAUUCAAAUGGGUCAUGAUCGUGGCUGGAGCUGCUUGCACAUUCUUAUUCAUCCUUAUUAUCGCAUAUGCUCAUCAUAAGGGAUUGGUUGGAUCUUGA